AUGUCGUCACCGGGUGGAUCAAGACAACGAAAAAACAAUGAAGGGAAGGCGGAUGGGAAACGGGAUGAGACAGAACAAAAAUCCGAUGAUGAGAGAAAAAAGGAGCAGCCAAAAGCGAAGCACGACACUUGUUCGAAGCUGCCCGACGUUUUCAACAAAUUCGUCGACAGUUUCAACUCGGCUCUGCACGCGGUUGUUGAUCAAUCGGCGACUUGUUCCUCGCGGAAGCUUCGCUCGUUGACGAUUGAGGGAGUUGUCGAGUUCAUCAAAACUGAAAAGCCCAAGAAUAUCAUUGUGAUGACCGGAGCCGGUAUCUCGACAUCGGCCGGGAUUCCUGAUUUUCGGUCCCCAGGCUCUGGCCUCUACGAUAAUCUUCAAAAAUACGAUCUGCCAUCUCCAGAAGCGAUUUUUCAAAUAGAUUUCUUUGAGAAGAACCCAGAGCCGUUUUUCACGUUGGCCAAGGAACUGUUUCCGGAGGAUUUGAAGCCAACCCCGUGCCACUAUUUCAUUCGAAUGCUCGAAAAGAAGGGCCUCUUAAGGAGAUGGUAUACGCAGAAUAUCGACUCUUUGGAGUACUUGACUGGACUACCAGAGGAUAAGGUGGUGACCGCGCACGGAAAUCACCACACAAGCACUUGUAGGAAAUGCUCAACGAAAUACGAUCUAGGGUGGAUCACAGCAAAGCUGAAAGACAAAUCCUGCAAAGUACCCCAUUGUGAGAAGCUGAGCUGUGGCGGGGUGGUGAAGCCGGAUAUCAUAUUUUUCGGUGAAGCUCUACCGAGACGAUUCUUUCAUUGUGCCAUACAGGACUUCCCCCAGUGUGACUUGUUGUUGAUUUUCGGAACCUCGCUCGUCGUGCAACCGUUCGCUUCGAUGGUGAAUGAGGUGGAUGCCGAGUGUCCCCGCUUAUUGGUGAAUCUCGAGGCGGUCGGCCGAGCGAGUCGUUUAGAGGAAAUGAUUGGCACGACCGGGUUGUGCUAUGGAAGAGAUGGGAAUACAAGAGACGUUUUCUGGAAAGGAUCCUGUGAUGAAGGAGCUCGGAAAAUGGCCGAUUUGCUCGGAUGGGACGCAGAAUUGGAUAUCCUCAUCGAACAAGGACCAAUUCCUUUAAGCAAAGCGAAA